UUGAGUUAUGGUAGCCUUCCUGUCAGCUCAAACCAGUCUGGCCAUUCUCCUCUGACCUCUCUCAUCAACAAGAUGUUUCCGCCCACAGAACUGCUGUUUACUGAUGUUUUUUUUGUUUGUUUGUUUUCUGCACCAUUCUGUGCAAACUCUAGAUAUUGUUAUGUGUGAAAAUCCCAGGAGAUCAGCAGUUUCUGAAAUACUCAAACCACCAUGUCUGACACAAACAUCCAUGCUGCGGUCAAACAGCAAAUCAGUAAUGUGAAAGAGAUUGCUUCCUGCAUUCUUACGAGAAGAAACUGGAGAUGAGGUGUGCAGGAUUCUGGAGGACGGGGCACAUCUGUCCGCUGCUGGCAAUGCUGUUUCAGUUGCUUCUGCCUGCCGUUAGAGCCGAUAGGGCCUGGAACCAGUACAUACCACGACUGCAGCUCUCACAUACAGAGCUGCGAACAAGGAACAGUUCAGCCAUGUUCUGGCACAGUGGUGCCGUGGUUAAUGGGUAUUAUGAAGUUCUGCUGUUGGAUGAGGAUCGUGGUUGGCUACUGGUUGGAGGAAGAGACCACGUCUACAUGCUCGACUCUGAGAGUCUGACCCAGACUAUACACAAGAUUCACUGGCCAGCUGGAAGAGAACAUACUGAACGCUGCAAACAUGCAGGAAAGAAUCUGUUGACUGACUGUGCCAAUUUUGUGAGGCUCCUUCAACCAUUCAACAAAACACAUGUGUAUGCAUGUGGAACCGGGGCGUACCACCCUGUGUGUACAUACAUUGACCUGGGCCACAAUGUCGAGGAACCUUCGCUUAGACUGCUGAGCAAUGCUGUUGAAUCCGGGAGAGGGAAAUGUCCCUUUAGUCCACAUGAGCCGUUCUCUGCUCGACUCACUGAUGGAGACUUGUAUGCAGGAACGUCAGUGGACUUCAUGGGAAACAAUGCAGCCAUAUUUCGUAGCUCUGUGCACACAACCAGUCAGCACUACAUUCGCACCGAGGCUCAUAAUGACCACUGGCUCAAUGAGCCAGAGUUUGUGGGUUCGUUCUCCAUCCCAGACACACACAGCCAAGGUGAUGAUAAGGUCUAUUUCUUCUUCAAGGAAAUGGCUGUGGAGUCCAACCAGCUGGAUAAGCGCAUCUAUAGCCGAGUGGCUAGAGUGUGCAAGAAUGACAUCGGUGGGAAGCGGAGUCUGAUCAAUCGUUGGAGUACCUUCCUAAAGGCCAGGCUGGUCUGCUCAGUGUCAGCGCCAGGAGGCAUGGACACAUACUUUGAUGAGCUUGAGGAUAUAUUUCUGUUGGAGACCAAAGAUCCACAAAAUCCGGUUAUAUAUGGAGUCUUCUCAACUUCAAGUUCUGUCUUCCGAGGCUCUGCUGUAUGCGUCUAUUCAAUGGCGUCCAUCCGAGCCGCUUUCAAUGGGCCCUUUGCGCACAAAGAAGGCCCUGACUACCGCUGGGUGGAGUACAAAGGCAGGAUCCCGUAUCCACGUCCAGGGACGUGCCCAAGUGAGACGUACGACCCCUUGCACAAGUCUACCCGCGACUUUCCUGACGAGGUUAUGAGCUUCAUGAGAGCCCACCAACUGAUGUGGGAGCCAGUCGUGCCAAUUCACAGACGACCACUGUUUACUCACAUCAACACCCCCUACAGGCUGAAGAAGUUGGUAGUGGAUAGAGUGGAUGCAGAAGAUGGCCAAUACAAUGUUCUACAUUUGGGUACAGAUGAUGGCAAGGUUCUGAAGGUGGUAUCCAUUCCCAAGGAGAAUUGGGAAACUGAGGAAAUCAUACUGGAAGAGCUGAGUGUGUUUCAGAGUCCUAUCUUAAGCAUGGAGCUCUCCACCAAGAGGCAAGCUCUAUUUGUGAGCAGUGCAGAUGCGGUGGCUCGGUUGCCCCUGCAGCGGUGUGAGCUCUAUGGGAAAGCCUGUGUUGACUGCUGCCUGGCCCGGGAUCCUUAUUGCGCCUGGGAUGGCACCACCUGCACCAAUUAUUUCCCCACUAACAAGAGACGUUCCCGUCGACAGGAUGUGAGAUACGGCGACCCAUGGAGCCAGUGUCAGUAUCUGGGAGAUGGCUCUGAGGAAAUUGAGCUGAAGGUGGUUUAUGGAGUAGAAAACAACUCAACCUUCCUGGAAUGCACACCUGCUUCACCACAAGCGAGAGUCAAAUGGAUCAUGCAACAAAAACACAGCCAGAGCACUAAAGAGCUGCUCCCCGAUGAAGACAUCAUCCUCACAAAACGAGGUCUCCUCCUGCAGCGGAUAACUUCUUCAAACGCUGGCCUCUACCUGUGCACCGCUCACGAGCACUCAUUUUCCCGCACGCUAGCUCGCUACGAGCUGCAAGUCAUCUCCGAGCAGCACGUAACAAAUACACGUAGCACUCAUCACUCUGACCCCAAAAUGGGUGGCAACUAUGCAGCAUCCUCACUGAGCUACAAGGAUCUACAUCUGAUCAGCGUUAGCGGUCUGACAGCCGAUGACUACUGCGAGCAGCUGUGGUACCGCGAGAAGCGGAGACAACAGAAACUGCGCUCACUAAAGUGGAAGCAAACGGCAGAGAACCGCAAGGCUCGAGUUCGGCGGCAAAAUCCACCCAACGAGCCACUCCAGUGAAACCAGAGGAACAGACAUUAGAGUAAAACUAAAGGACAUUUGAGUUUGUCUUGGAAGAACAACAUACUGUUCUGGAAUUAGCCACAUUAGCCUUGUUGCUGUUGAUUACUAAAGGAUUCCAGGUUACAUAACCUCCCCACAGAAAUACAUGUUGGUGACUUAUUGUUUAUCAUUCUAAACAGCAUUCUUUUUUUAGCAAACCUGAACUUUUGGCAUCACAAAAAUGCACAGCAUUAUAAAUGGGUAUAUGAGGAAAUAAUUAAGGACAACUGAGAGAGAGAGAGAGAGAGAGAAGGUUGAGAAAGGAAAAAAACCUUUUUUACAUAACCUUUACAUGGUUAGAUGAAAGAUUUCAUUAUGAGUGAACAUAAACACAUCUUUGGCCAGAGAUCUGUUCUGUUGCUGUGCCCUAAGUGAUGCUUCAAUCAGUAUCAGGGUUGGACAAAUCAUAAAUUUAUUAGCAAGCCCUCUGGGUAAGGGAAUGCAUCAACAUGCACUUGAUAUCACAGUUAAAUUUUGAAGAUACACUACCGGUUAAAAGUUUUGGAGACACUUGACUGAAAUGUUUCUCAUGAUCUUAAAAGUCUUUUGAUCUGAAGAUGUAUGAUUAAGUGUUUGAAAUCGGUGCUGUAGACAAAAAUAUAACUGUGCCGACAUAUUCGUUUCUUUCAUUAGAAAACUAACUUUUUUUUUUAUCACAACAUAAUUCCCAUAAUUCCAUUUGUGUUGUUCUAAAAUGUGGGGGAAAAAUACAAAUAAAGAAUGAGUGUGUCUAAACUUUUGACCAGUAGUGUAUAGUAUAAAGUCAUGCACUGAAGAAAAAAGGUCAGAUGUUAUCCUGAAUCGAUAUCUUAAGAGCAAGGAAGCAAGGAAACAAAGCUUUUUUAAAACGCAAAUAUGCGUUGCAGCCUGGGAAAACCCUUAACAUGAUGACACUUUAAUGUUUUCCACUGCACAUGUUUGUGAAAAGUGCAGGCUUAUUUAACAACUUGAUCAAAGCCUGACAUUCACUGUGUGAGAGAACUGUUUUUGUCACCGCAUUCAUUAAACUGACUCCUUACCCAACAUGAUCUGUGAAGGAAGCUAGCCUAGGCAAGCUUAAAAAAAAAUCCAAAUCAUUUUGAAGAAAAAUAUUUCUUGAUUUGACAUCAGAGUAUGUGCAUACUGAAGUUAAAAAACCACCACGAGACCAUCUCAUAUAUAUUAGGAGCUAGUUAGUUUAGUAAUACUGAAGGGUUACUAUAAAUUACUAAUACAAAUACAGGGUGUGCCAAAAGUCUCCAUAAACAGGGUAGUAUGUUUGCCAGCACCAUGUCGAUUGUGCCUUCGUCAGUGGAUGUUCUCAGUUCCCGGUUGGUCCGCAACACUCCCAGUCUUUUUGAAAUUGUUAAUAAGUGUCAUGUGUGAUGUGCUCGCCAUGUUUCCUGCUAAAAUCCAUAGCAACUUUGCGACAGCCUCCCGAUCCAGCCAUGAGAAUGAUUUCAAGACGUUGUUCUUUUGCCAAAUGCAUUCUUAAAGGCUAUCUAAAAAACACACACAUUGGAAGCAAACUAUCUUUUGGAAGACAUUUUGCUAAAGUGUUAUUUUCUAAUCUGUAUGGAGAGUUUUGGGACACCUUGUAGUUCAUAUUAAAAGCUAGAAGACAUCCUUGAACGUAUUGCUUGUCUAUCAAGCAAUUAUGAGUACAACAAGAAUGAUAGUCCUGACACACCUACGGUAUAAAUUUUUUCCUAUAAGCAUCGUUUGAUUUGUUUUAUUUUGUAGUGAAUGGUUACAGCAAUCACUGAACUCUCAGUGGAGCAUUUCUACUAGAGUAUGUUUUGGGCCGUAGUGAUGGUCGUGAGAAUCACUGAAACAUGUUGCAGUGCACUAUUCGGACAGGAUUUUUCAGAAUGUUAUUUAAUUGUACUUAAUGAAAUCCAGAAGAAUGCGGUUCACAAAUUACAGAGUAGCGUUGCUGCCUCACAAGUCCAAGUUUCCAAGUUGUAUUCUGAGCUCAGGUUGCUGUCUGUGUGGAGUUUCACAUUGAAAUGUUCUCCAGGUUCUCCAGUUGCUUCCCUUUUCCCCAAAACAUGCAGUGGAUUGGUGACUCUAAAUUGCCCCAAGAUGUGAAUGAAUGUGUGAAUGUGUGUGUACAUGGUGCCUCUGAUGGACUGGCAUCUCAAAGGGUGUGUUCCUGCCUCACACCCAGUGUUCCCAGGGUUGUCACUUCCUGGCAAAACCUGUGAAGUUUAAAAAAAGGAAAAAAAGGCCACAGCUCUGGUUCCUAAGGCGUAGUGACAUUGCUAAUCAGCUAAUUCUAUAAUAAAUUAACACACUCUGGCUGCCCGAAAGUGUGUUAUGAACUUUUGAAAUACAGAUGGUCUGAUCUGACCAUCGUAGGUGACUCUGGAGGAAGCUCUGCAUACCUCAUAAGCACACCAGGAUGUUCUUCUCUUGCCAGAAACACCGUCUUUCCCAUGAACAAUCUUAAAUAUGUCACUAUUGUGUUUGUGGAUACAUUGAACAGAAAUGACAAACCAUAAGAAACUGUAACUCAAAUGCUAAUAUGGAUGUGGUUAGCAUGGUCUUAUUUUAUCUCCACUAGCAAUAUUCAAAAUGAUCCUUUUUAUGGUUAAGUAGUGCUCUAAGCCUCUCAUACUGUAAUGAUCAUUUAUUAUAAUGUGGUGUGCUGGAAGAGGCUCAUUGUUCCACUUUGGGCCACACGUUUGCGCGGAAGGAACAUCAAAGUAUGGAAGCAUCUGGGAGAAAUGAGUACGAAGAACAGUGGACAGAAUAAAAAAAAAAAUCUGAGUUUCGUCACUAGUCAGGAAAAUGGCUUCCAGGUUGACUGGACCACAGUAAAAGGGAUUUCUUUCUUCUUAUCUUGACAGGAUAAUAGGAACGUCCAAACUGGCCUGAUGUUUGGCAGAUAAGCAAAAUGACAUGGAUGGCUUCAGCAAAUAUGUGAUAGAUCAUAGAAAUUGGUGCAUCUUAUAAACAUUAUUUAAUCUUUAAUCAGAUUUCUGCAUUUUGCAUUCCAAUGUUUUUAGUGUGUCCACAAUUACAGGUAUUACAUAAAGACUUUUAUAUUUAAUAACAAAUUUACUCAAUUGUACUUUUUUUUCUGCUGGCAAAAUAUGCAUCGUUAUGUUCAUUUUAUUUGUACAUUGUGCUUCUAAGUUAAAAAUUCACCCAGUGUGUGGUAUUGAACAAUACCUUUGCGUGUCAUAACACUAAGCUGAUACAGACUCAGGAUGUUUUGAGCAACUGUAACAGUGUGGUUGUUCAUUUCCAUCUGGUAUUCAUUUUUACUCUGGUGUGCUAAUCACUAAUAUAAUCAUUCCAACAAAAACGUUCUUGAUGUAUUUCAUUAGCUCACAAUUUCAACCAGCGACCUCUCGAGAAAGCUAAAUGUGUGCCGUCAUUAUUGCAUCUAAGCUACUUCAUUUCAUGAACAAUAUAAUUUAUGGUUUAUGUUUCACUUUAUAAGUCACUAUGCUUUGAUCAGAUGUAUCUUUUUGAUGAAAUUAAAUGUUCAUUUUUCUGUCAUCACCUAAAAUUACACAUUUAUCUCAUUGUGUACAGAUUUUGUUUUCUAAAUCUUUCUGUAUAAACUAAUAUUUGUGCGAAAUCAAUUAAAAUAUUUCCCA